AUGGAAUACCGUCCAUAUUCUCAGAAAUGGGGACUUGAAUUAAUACCUUCCAGUUCCACAAACAAGGAUUUCCCCAAAGAAUUUGCCCUAGCAAUUAGCGCUCGAGACCUCAUCUACAUUUACUAUAUUGACACAAAGGGUUUGAACAUAUACGAUUUGGCGGCCGCACAUGAGAAGGAAGGCGACCGCUACAUUAACGCACAUGAGGGGGAGGUUCUAAUCGGAUCUAACGUUUUGUGGACCGACAUAAUGGGAUGGGAGCAGUAUAACCCGGUGACACACGAAGUCACAUAUCAACCCAGCCGAGAUUAUAAAGGUGAUCUCACAAUAAGAGAUGGUCGAGUUGUCAAGUCAGCUGGCGCACGUCGUGAUGAGACGUCGUCGAGUGGGAUCAAAGAUAGCAGCUCGGUUUAG